UUUACGGACGGACAUAGAUGGCGCGAUAUGUGACCCGUGAAAAUGGAAGUGUUCCUGUACAAUUCCACAGUAUGUAGAUUAUGUGGGGAAGAAAACGAUAAUGGAAAUCUUUUAUAUUCAACUGAAGAAAAUGACCAAAAUCUCAGUCAAAUUAUUAACACAUAUUUACCCAUUACGGUCACAGAUGAUGGUCAUUUACCACGUACUAUUUGCCCUGGAUGUACAAUACAACUGGAAGCCUCGGUGGAAUUUUUGAAUCUAAUAAUAAAUGGCCAGAAAGUUUUAAGAGAACUUUACGAAAGAGAGAAAGAGUACAAAAAGUCCUACACUUCUUCCAAUGAACCUGAGGUUAUAACUGAAAAAAUAAUUUAUGAAAUAAAUACUGGUAAUAAAGUAUAUCAGUUAGAGCAUCCAAUAUCUCUACAAGUAGCGGGAUUGGAAAAGCCUAAAAGGAAAAGGGGCAGGCCUCCGAAAAUACAAAAGAGCCCUGAAGAGUUAGCGGAGAAAGAUGCUCUCAAGGACCAGGAGAAGGCCAAAAUUGAGAACCAUGAUAGUGAUGGGACAGGCAAGAGACGCCGGAAGACUCCUACACGGUUCAAGGAAGUGGUACAGGGUAAAGAAUUGGAGAGAAUAUUUAAAGAAGAAGGGAUGACUGACGGUGAAGACAGUGAUAGUGAAAAGAAGGUUGUUGCAGAGGAAACACCUAAGGUACCAGAGGUGAAAGAACCUCAGGUUAUAGGACACUUGGAACAAUCUGGAGAGCUGGUUGUUGUGUUGAAAGGAAAAGGGAGAGGCCGUCCUAAAGGUCGUCUCCGUCAGACUCGCGAGCAGUGCAUGAUCUGCGGCAUGGAGUUCAGCAGCACGGGGCGCUACAUGUCGCACAUAGCGCAGCACGGCCCCGUGCUGUACCAGUGCGCCAACUGCCAGGAGACCUUCGCCACGCGUCUGCGCUUCUGCGAACACCAGGAACGGACCAAACACUGUGGACAGAACAUCCUGCAGUGCAAGGACCUCACCAGCACUAAGGAGAAGAAACGUUUGAAAUCUGGUAAAAGUGAGCAAUUAGUGGAACAAGAAGUUGAAAUAACUCCGACUGUGACUGACACGGUGACGGUAGUGAAUGUGGACAGCAUUGUGUCAGGUGACACUGCGAUACCUGAUGUGUCACCAGACAUGGACGUGAUCACGGUGGUCACUACUGAAGAGUCGAACAAAGAAGAGGAUUUUAAAGUCGAAAAGACUGAAGAUACUGUACAGGAAAGUAAUCCAAUAGCAUUAAAGACGGAAGCACCAGUGGGGGAAGUGAAGACCAAGUUGAAGUGCAAUCAUUGUGAUAAGGAGUUUAGCAGCAGGCAAGCAAAGUCCAUGCAUAACAAGGCGGUGCACCAGGGCGAGAAGCCGUACCAAUGCGGGGAGUGCGGCGCGGCGUUCGGCUACCCGCGCUCGCUGGCGCUGCACCGCGUCUCGCACCGCCGCCAUCGCCGCGCGCGCGGAUACGCCUGCGACCUCUGCGGGAAGGUGCUGAGCCACCCGUCGUCAGUGGUGUACCACAAGCAGUCCGCGCACGCGGAGCAGCGCUACGUGUGCGGCACCUGCGGCAAGCACUUCCGCCACAAGCAGCUGCUGCAGCGCCACCAGCUCGUGCACUCGCAGCUCAGACCCUUCAGGUGCAAGUUAUGUAACUCAUCGUUCAAAACGAAAGCUAAUCUGGCGAACCAUCAGAUGUUGCACUCGGGCGUUAAGAAGUUCUCCUGCGAGAUCUGCAAGCAGAAGUUCUCGCACAAGACGAGCCACACGCUGCACAUGCGAUGGCACACCGGUGUGAAGCCGUUCGAGUGCGGCGUGUGCAACAAGAGCUUCAGCCAGAAGGGCAACCUGUCGGAGCACGAGCGCAUCCACACGGGCGAGAAGCCCUACCAGUGCGCGCUCUGUCUGCGCCGCUUCACCACCUCCUCCCAGCACCGCCUGCAUCUGCGCCGCCACGCGCCCGACCGCGACUGCGCAGUCUGCCCGCACUGCGCCUACAGGAGGCCUUCCCGCGGGCGGAGUGGCGAGGGGGGCGAGGGCGGUGAGGGGGGCGAGGAGCGCUGCCCGUCGUGCGGCCGCAGCCCCGCAGAGCGCCCCGCGCCGCGCACACAGCGACACCUGCGCAGGAUCGCACCCGCACCGGCUAAACCACAGGCGUCGAAGCAAAUUAGCCUGUUGGUAUCUGAGAGCGAGCAAAUGUCGGGCGUCGGCGUCCAGACAGAGGUGGAUGUGGGGUUGGAGGAGGGAUUGGACGCCGGGCUGCAGGAGGGGCUGGACGCCGGACUGGACGCGGGAUUGGACGCGGAACUGCGUGAUGAAGACGAGGACGUGGUGUACAUCGCGUACCAUCUCGACGAGCCCUCUACCUCGAUACAGUUUAACCGACCCGAGGAGCUGUACGCGCCCGCGCUGCCGGCCGAGCUGCCCGCGCUGCACCAGAGGGAACAUUUGCCUGUGACGGACGAGCAAGGCAACUUGCUGCACUUCACUAUGCAGGAUGGCACCCGCCUUGCCAUCACCUCACCUGACGGCGAGUGUCUGCAGGUUGUAAUGCAGGACGGACAAACUAUACCCGUUGAGAUUAAUGGAUUCGACGACGAAAAGGAUUUUCUGGGUCCGGAGACGGUGGUGCACCAGCUGAACCUGCAGAAGAGUGACGACAGCAAGGCGCAUCUGCCGCACUACUACACCCUCGUGUAGGCUGCGCUGACAGUACUGCACAGUCGCGGAAACUCGCGAUGUUUUACUUUGGACAAAUUAACUUAUUCAGUGCAAAAGGGAUAGUAAUAAAAAUAAACUGGCUGUGUACCACAACUUUUUUAGUACCUAUACAUAAAGCUGCAUUGUAUUCGUUUUUUUUUUGUAUUCAAACUAUUGUUUUUAAGUUGGAACAUCUCCAGUUUCCCCGACUGUACAUACCUAUAAGGAUCAUAUGGCAGUUAGAAAUUUUGUAAAUUAAUGCCAUCUUUAAAACGACAUUUUGACCAAUUAGAUAAUGGUAACUGCACUGUAAAUGUCGCCAUUUUUAUUCGAAAUUCGAUUUUUAAUGUAAUUUGGUUUUUUUUAUGGGAGAAUUUCUAAAUAUGGUAAUUUUUUGCUUACUGGUAACACUAGACACUAGCGCCAACACUGCUAUAAGAUCCUUUUAGGUCUGUAUCCUAUUUAUUUCAAUUUAAAAAUGUUUAUGUCAAACCAAUGUCUAAUUACUUUCUCGUAUACUGUCGAAAUAUAAUUAAGUUUCCAACCAAUCAAGUAAUACUAUGUUGCGUUUUUAGAGAAGUUAGGCAAUAAGUAAUAAAUACUUAAGCGCAUCUUAAAUUAGCCAAAACAAGCUAAGUCAUUUAUAUAAAAAUUAUUAAGUAAUUAGUAUAAGUAGAACUUAAUAAAGGUGUUGUUUUGACAAUUAUUUCCCAAUGUUCUAAUAUUUGCUCAAAUAAGUUUUCGCGUGCAAAGUUCAUACAUUUUCAUAUUUUAUGAAACUGCAAUCCGUAAACAUUUAGAUAUAUUAAGAUUCUAGUUAGCUAGUUUGUAUAUAGUUUAUUAUUUAUCUAUUUUUAUGUACAUGCAAAUAUCAUAUUCGGAUUUUGUCAAUACCACAGAUAAAUAAGCCAAUUUUAUCUAAUUUCAACAUAUUUUCAUACAAGGCUUAUGCCAAAAAUUUUUUUUUUAUUAUUUUUAACUGAAACAAAAAAUCUUAAGCCACCUUAAAUACAUUUUUUUUUGUGAUUAUUUUCGCUUUGAUAACUGAAAAGUGAAUAUUAAUCUAAAAUUAGUUAUUUUAUGUAUACGUGACCAGGAAAAUAGAAAACUUCUCUUGGUGGCGCCACUAUCGCUUUCAUUAUCGAGAAGAAUUUUAUUUAACUAGUGUUUUCCUGGUCAGGUUUGUUUUGUUUUUACUAUUUUUUUAAAAAGUAACUAUGCUUUGAAGAUGUUUAAGUAAACUAAGCAUAAUAUUGAAAAUAUGAAAAAGUAAAAAAACAAUCGUCUCCUGUUAAUUGUGAUUAUUUUUAACGCUGAUUCUAAGUAAAGUUGUAUGAAAACGAGUGAAUAUUCCACAAUUUCAUUUAAUUUGAAUAAUUAUUGUUUUUUUUAAUGAUUGGAAUGAAUGGCUAUGAUGAUCCAUCAUAGCCAUUUAUUGUAUGGCUGUAGUAUGUAUAGACAUACAAAAUGAUUAAAUUAUUUGAUUUUAAAAA